CCUCCUCGCGUCACCGUCGCACACGCCAUGGACAUCGGCACGCACUGCGCACUCGACACGUGCAAGUGCCUCACCUUCCUGCCCAUCGCCUGUCCGCACUGCAUGCGCCGCUUCUGCGAGACGUGCGUGCCGCCCGAGACACAUGCCUGUGCAGCGGCAACGCCGGCAGAGAGCAGCAGCAGCAAGCCGCAGGGCGCAGAUCGCGUGCGCUGCGCAGUGCCGAAAUGUACGGCGUAUAGCUUGGAGCUUGUGCCCGCUGCGCCAGGUGUGCAGCGAGCACAGCCAGGUGUGGCACACAAGGCGCCGCGCUGCGAGCGCUGCCGGGGCGCGUUUUGCAUGCGGCAUCGCUCCUUCGCCGCUCACAACUGCACCGCCGCCGCACCGCGCACCGAAGGCCAGCUGCGUGCCGAUGCGGCCGAGGCUCGGCGGCAAAAGGCGCGCGAGGCGCUGAUGCGCAACUUUCCCGGCUUCAAGAGCAAGUGAGAGCGGCAGCGGUGGGCAGCUAGAGAAGAGACGGGGACCCUCGACAUCAUGUAUACCCUCUGCAGCGUGCUGCAGUCUCACCAAUCAAACGCAUCGGAC